GAGACUAGAGACAACAGCACAAUGGCAGCAGGGGCGGCGUCAAUCUGCGGAACGCUGUUACCCAUCAGUUCCGGGAAACCUCGGCGGUGGUGGUGGCGGAAUAGUAAUGAUAAUAAUGUGAGUGUGGGAAGAAACAUGAUCAGCAGAGAGGGAAGGGGUGGAUUGAGGAUGAGAGUGAGGUGUGGUGGUGGUGGUGGUGGAAUAGAAGAUUUCAUAGGAGGAGACCUGGUGAGACUGGACCUGGGGCGUUGGUUGGCGGACGUGGAAGAGCACAAGGCGUUGGCCAUUUACACACCCCACGAGGGCGGCUACGAGGGACGCUACCUCACCAGGCUGAGGUACAAAGGCUACUAUUUCUUGGAGCUCUCCGCCCGUGGCCUUGGCGAUCCCGAGACCACCCUUACUAAGAUCCACCCUGUUUGCCCUGCUCACUUGGGAAAGCAGCCCAUUGCCAGGUGGUAUUUCCCACCGGAGGUCGAUUACAGGCUCUCUUUGCUGCCUCCAAAUGCCAAAGGCCUUGUCCUUUGGCUCAUUGAAGCCAAGGUUUUGUCCAAAGCAGAAUUGCAGUUCCUUGCCUUACUCCCUACUCUCCGACCCAAGGUCAGGGUCAUCGCAGAAUGUGGAAACUGGAGAAAAUUUAUGUGGAAGCCACUCAAGGAAAUUUCAGGAUUGACACCACAAGAAGCUACAACAACUACUCAAGCCUAAAAAAUUUGCAUUGAGGUGUUGGAA